GGAUUGGGGCUUAGAUGUAAUUCUCAAACCUGAUGUUUCCGGUUUUCGUUUAAAAAAGAAGAGGAAGGGGAACACUGGGGUUUGGCCAAUUCAUAUAACAUAAUUUCCUCAUCAUAUAGGCCUAUUGUAUGUCUCCUAUGUGUUUCUGUCAUGCUGCCUCUUUUUCCAGAUGUUUAUCCGCGUAAUACCACAAUGACGCGACGCCAAAAUAAAAGUGUUCGCUAUAUGUCUGCUUCAUACGAAUCCAAUCUUUCUCUCUGUGCACUGAAACAAAAUUAAGCAGAGUCGUGAACACUGGCAGGCUGCUGGUAGUGACGAGGCUGGGGAAUACCUUCGCUGGAAACCGUGACAGCUGCCACACGGGAUGCGUUUCUCACUCUUUGCAGCGCGCUGCCCCAGCCGAGCUGAGGUCACUGGGAUCCUCAGCUCCAACAUCACCCUUCAAUUUACAUUUAAUGUCAGCAUCACAAAAAACAGUCAUUUUGCAGUUUAUACAACAGGCCAGAGAAAGAUUGCUGAGUAUCCACAAGGCAAAGGAGGAGGCGUUUUCAACUUUCACCCUAAAAAUACUACUGUAUUUUACCACAUUACAAAUCUCAAGCUAAAUGACAGUGGACGUUACUGGGCCAGUGUGUUCAUGGACUCAGGAUUCCUCGAAGAAAGUAAUAAGGUAGAGCUGAUCGUCCGAGAGGAGAACAGAAGCAGCACAGUUCCUCCAAUGCUGAAUAUCACCACAACACCGAAAACGACCAGUUCCUCUCAUGUCAUCACCGUCCUUGUGGUUUCACCUGUCGUACUGUUGGCUGCAAUAGUCCCUUGGUUGAUCUGGUGUCUCGUGAGAACCAAAGACAAACAACAACAACCACCACAACAAACCUCUAAUCACACAGUACAAGCAACAGUUGAGGCAUUCAACAAUGUGCCUGCACCCUCACUGGUCUACAGUGUCCUGGACUUUCCCAAAAGACCUUUGUCAGUUUUGGAGAUGAAUCCAAAUGAUACAGAGUACGCUGCUGUCAGUUAUCUCCCAGAAAAGAGACGAGUGUGAUGUAUAGCUGAAUGUAAACCACCUGGUCUUUCUUGGUUUGAGUAAAGGUAUGCAAGAUGACUUAUAUAACCUAAAAAUAUAUUUCUAGUAAGUGUGAUAAAUACUUUUUGUAAAAUAAUGAUGAAUCCUCCCAGCCUGUGGGCUCCUUGCUAUAAUUUGCAAGCUAAAGAGUUUGGAGGGGAAGAGUCACUGUUCUGCAUGGGUCGUAAGUAUUUAGGUGUCACUUGGUUAUUGGUGGUCUCGAGAUUGAAAUGUUGACAGUUGCUGUGGCAAACCACAAGCCAGCACACAUAAUGUUACAGUAACUAACUAACUUUUUGAUUUGUUUUGCUUUUUGUUUGCUCUUGCUCAAAACUAACAAUCCAGAUCCAGAACAUGGGCACUGUAGUUUAUUACCACAUUCACUGUCCUGCUGCUGUAAAUACUCACUGUAAUAAUACACCACAAAAAAUAGUCCCCCAAAGAUACACUGUUUAUUCCUGUUUGAGUAACAUUUACUAAAAACAACAGUGCCCAGCUGUUUUAGUAAAUUACAGAGGCUUUUUAACAUAUAUUUUAAAAAUGAAGCUAUAUACUUUUGAGGCAUUUUUAAAGAUGUAUGUCUUCAGUAGGAUCGAAUGGGCUUGGGGCUGAGUACCACAGACAGGGUAGGGACGUCAGAAAGUAUUGAGAGAUGGACUAACACAUUGUUGGUUUUGGUCUUUUCAUGGGAUUUGUUGAUAAUAACAAAACUAUAGAAUAAGGCCAGCCUUAUCCUUUAAGCCACAGUACAGCUAAAGUACCUGUAGUUAACAUUGUCUCAAAUUUUAUAAAUACAUUUCUGAGGGUGUGGAGGGAUGACAAGAUAAGAUAUUUAUUCAAGCAAUCAGAGAGUUCACACAGAGACAUUUAUUUCCAAAGGUAAAGUACGUCUGUUUUUGCUUCAACUUUCCUUUCCAGAUUAAAUCUGAACUCAAGUGCUGUGACAUCUCUGUUUUUUUUAUUAAUAUUGUUAUGUUCAGUGAAGAGGUGUGAUAUCUUUACACGCUUCCUUUGGGUUUCAGGUUUAGUAAUUUUAACCUUUUCUGUCAAUGUCUUGUUUUUCAUUGUUGUGUUUAUCACAGAUUUGACUCACCUUUCUUUUGUUAAAAUAAACAAAACUGAGACACAUUAGUGAAAUGAAGCAGUCUUAGUAAAUGGUGAGAUUUUAUUUGUAGUUUAGAGAUCUGUUAUCAGCUCAACAGUACUGUAUAUUCACAAGUCACAAGUGUGAUUUUCCAUUUACUGUAUAGUGACAGUUGACACUGUCACACCAAUUUACACGUACAACAAAGAUCUGACACUAUCUCACUGCCAGGUAUCACUGCAUGGCCUCUGAAGUUCUCUUUUGGCAGGUACUUAUUGAUGUUUUGAUAGAUUUGUGAGACAAAGUAUUGAUUUAUGUUCUCAAUGCCACAUAUUGAUAUAAUUAAUGUGUUGUCCAUAUAUUAUAUAGAGUUAAACUCACCCAACAUAUCUGUUCACCAGUGGAACACAAUCAGGUGUUUUUAUUCAUCCCGGAUGUCGGUUAUUAAAUAAUCAACCAAGCUAGUAAAUGAUGAUGUGCUUUUUCAAUUAGGCGGCCACAAUGGCACAAACCAAACACAGAUUGAAGUUUCUCUCUUCUGAAAACCUUGUUGGUAAAGUUUCUUGCACUGUCAGGUGUUAUUAUUUCACAUACUACUGAACUGUUUCUUGUUGAAAUGCACAUUAUGUUAGGUACGACUGUCUAAAUGCAGCAGUAAACUUUAUUUUUUGUGUGUGAAUAAUGUCUUUUGUUCAUCAAUGUUGGAUCUAUGAAUCUCAUGUGAGUAACAGUAAAUAUGUUUUGUUUUGAUGGCAGUCGUGCAUCUUCAAGGCAGUGUUUAAAAUAAAAAAUACAUUUUGCAUGCUUCACAGUGUAUUAUAGUUGUACAAAAAAAGUUAAGUAUAGCUGCAUGCUCAGCUUGUUAAAUCGUUGGUGUCCUGAAUAAAAUUCCCUCUCUUGC